AUGUCUGACACUUGCCCAGCUCCUUGGCCUUCGGCAACCUUCCUCCGAAAUCUUUGCUGGAGUCUCGACGACCAUGGCACAAAAGCCUCGACAUCCAUUACAAUCAAGCGCCGCACUGUAGACGACACGUUCUUUCUUUCCAAGAUGGCAUCCAACAGCAAUUCUAUCCCCGUCAUGUACAAGCCGGCCAAUGCCAUGGAGACUGGUCCCAACGGCAGCAGUCUGCAAAGCGCCGCGGCUCGAAGCCACCCCAUUGAUGUGAUGCAGCGUCGUGUCGCCGCCAACCCGUACGGCAGUUUGGAAUUUGUCCGUCACGUCUACGGCAGCGGCUUGGCCAUGCGGUUGGCGACGGAGCAAAAGAUGGCGCGAGAACAAGACGUCAUGGCGCGUGCUCCUGGUUUGGAAACAUCCGGUCUCUUUGGGGAAAUCAUUUCGGGUCGCGACACGACAAUUGACUUUUCCGAUUACCUGUCGUUGCCCCAGUACCGUCCUUUGGCGCCCGUGGAAAACCCACACUUUGUCAUGGAGCGUCGAUUGGGAAUGCAUGAUUAA